GAAACCUUGCGGUUAAAAUAACUCAGGCUCUGUUCAGAGCUCAAACUUAGAGCUGCUUUUGGAGACUGAUUUUGGAUGUAAAAGUCUCUCAACAGAGGCAUCCAAUUUGGAAAAUUCAGUGCUUCAGCCUCUCAGGAAGAAACAGGGAUCUCCUCAGUGAUGGGUCACGCCGCCACAGUGGUACCAGCGGGUGAGUGACGGUGAAGCCAGCACAUCAUGUACAGCGUGGAGGACCUGCUGAUCUCUCAUGGGUACAGACCAUCCCGAGACCUCCCAGGGCCGCGUGGUACCAAGGCUGAUGGACAUGCACAGGCGAGGACAAGGCCCAGAGGCAGCCAGGGCCUGCAGAAUGGGUGUGAGGAUGGCGCCACUACCCUGGCUCCAAGCAGGCCAGCCCUGGCGACAAGCCCUGUGAGUACCCCCGAGGGCCACCGAGGUGCGCCCCGGCACCACGUGGAACCCCACAGGACUUCAGCUUCCGGAGCUGCAGAGGCAGGGUUUUACAAUCAAGCUGCCUCAGUACGGUCCUCUCAGUCCCAGAUCGGUACCGACCAGGCCUGUUGGAGAAGAGGUCAGAAGGCCACCAGCUUGCUGGGCCCACAGGAUCCGGAUGACCUGGAGGUCAGAGGAGUGGCCCAAGCCUGCGGUCUGCCUGCACACAUGAGGGAGGGUCCAUGGGAUGUCGGAGUAAGGACAGAGUACGUGAUGAAGAAAGCAGUUUGGGAAGAAGAGCCGAGGAUGUCGGGUCCUGACAAGUGGCAGAAUGUAAGCCUGGAAAGCUGGAACCAGCCAAGGAAGUUGGGGAGGCAGAUGUCUGAUGGUGAUAGGGAGAAACUGUUUCAAGAUCUGUACCCAUUCACUCAAGGAGAGCAUGCGCUGACUUCUCAGAACAAAAAGAAAUCCCAGUCCUUACCUCGAGUUCUUUCCCCUGAGAGCCUGAGUUACAAGGAAAUUCCCAUUCCGCUAGAUGAUGGACAUUUACCAGGCAUUCCCAAAGUGCCCCCAUAUGCUCCCAAUUGUGCACCCCACUCAGAAUUGGUCAGAAACCCUGAGAAGGCUGGCUCCUCAGCCCCCUUCCCCCGGCCCAAGUUUGGGAGACCCAUCAGGCCUCUGUAUGGUUCACACCCACAACCCAGGGGCGGGGAGCGGAGCAGCCUUCAGGACAGCCAGCAGGUAGACCUGCACAGUUCCUGCUUGAACAGAACCAGUGGCCCCACUCAUGAGCCCAGUGUGCCCGACUGUGGCUUGGAGCCCCCAGUUUAUGUGCCUCCGCCUUCAUACAGGUCGCCUCCUCAGCACAUCCCUAACCCCUACCUGGAAGAUUCGGUCCCCAGCUAUGUGAGUGGUGAGCAUGGCUCACAGCACCAGCCCACUGAAAAGCCUGGGGCCAGGGGCCCGCUUCCUCCUGGCCUCCUCAGAACCAGGAAUGAAUGUGAUGCAGGCCCAGCCUCUCCCCAAAGUCUCCCUCCUCACCCUCGUUCUGUCACCACCCAUGAAGGCUCUGUUCAGUACAUUCCAUUUGAUGAUCCACGGAUCCGCCAUAUCAAACUAGCUCAGCCUCUGGGUUUUUGUGAAGAAGUGAAGCCUGGUGACAGAAACUAUGACGCUCGUCCAGUUCCUGCCCCAGAACCAGCUCAGGAGAGAAGGCACCAUGACAGUGCCAUUCUGAAUGUACAGAGCCUGACACCCCCACUGGGGACUGAGAGGAGACCGACCUUGGUUGACCCCGGCCCACAGUGGCUCUGGGACCAGCUCCUGGGGGAUGGAAAAAAUGCAGGUGUCCCUGACCAAAGAGAGCAUUGCAUUGUAAGAGGACAGCAGGCUCCAGGGGAAGGUGGCCAACAUGGCCAUGCAGGGGGCUACGUUUCCUCCCCAGACCCACAAGGCAGUGAGAGGACCUGUGAAACCCACACCAAGCUCAGAAUGUUUGAAACUGGGAUGCAGACCAAGAAAAGUUCAAAGAAGAAAACGAAUGAGACGAUAUUUUGUUUGGUUUCUAUCCCAGUUAAAUCAGAAUCCCAUCUGCCAGAGAUAGAUACGAACAACAAUGACUUAAAACAGAGUGCUGAUAAAAAGCCUGGGAUUGAUAAGAGCCUAGCCUUGCAAGAACAAAGUCUGCUGAGCAUGUCUUCCACCGACCUGGAGCUGCAAGCACUCACAGGAAGCAUGGCUGGGAAAACAGAGUUCCCAAAGCAAGAUCAGGAGGAACCAGAAGGAGACAAACAAACAGAUGACUUCAGAUUCAUCCACCUUGCAAAACACAGAGCGCUCAAGUACUCUGGCUCCUGGCCAGGGAACCAGUACCGGGACCAGCAAACACAAACCAGCUUCCCUGAGGAGUCCAAAAGCUCACAGCUCCUCCCUGCUUCCAUGCUGGGUGAGUUGAGUGACACAGCCCCAAUGCCAGAACGUUUAGAGGCCACUGGCAGUCACAGGCAUGUGCCGUUUGGGUCCAGUGACCAAAAGCAGAAGGCAUACGCUCCUAACUUAAAGGGCCAGACAUCCCUCAACCCGUCCAGCAACAGUGCUUUUUCAAGGACGUCCCCAACCACCAGUCAGGCACCGGUACUAAAAGCAGGCCAGCCUCACCCCUGCCUAGAUGUCCGUGGGCAGGGAGCCAGCCCUGUCCCCAAACCCGAGGUGGUAAAGGGAGAGCCCACAGCAGGCCCUUGCAAUAGUAAGCAGCUGUUUGGUCAGUUUCUUCUGAAACCAGUUAGCCGGCGCCCCUGGGAUCUGAUCAGUCAGCUGGAAAGUUUUAACAAGGAGCUUCAAGAAGGGGAAGACAGCCCUGAUGGUAGCAGCGGCAGCAGCGGUGAGGAAAAUGAGAUAGAAAGGCAGGAAGACUAUGUUGAUUCUAGGCCAAGGAAUUGGGGCUUCUAUGAAGACAGUGAGAAGUCAGUCAAGCCGCCGCCGAGGGAGUUGGUGCUGGAGCACCCAGAACGUUGGUCAGGAAGAGUGAAGAGUAAGUCUGAGAGCUGGAGCGAGGAGCUGAAGGCUGGCCACCUGUCUACCUGUCCUCAGUCCCCUGACUUCUCGAAGGUGAAAGACAGCAGAAGUGACCCUUUUGGGUCAGCCGAUGGAAGUUUGGUGACAGAGAAUCGAAAGCAGGAGAUUGUAAAUGGAUUAGAUGAGCUCAUAGCUAGGCCAGGUCCUGUGAAAAGAGUGGUAUCUUUUAGACAGAGUGACACAAAGCCAGUGUCCCCAUCCUGGCUGGCUGAACCAAAGGAGCCAGCACAAAGGGAGAAAUUGACCGAUGCUUUCACUUCUGUGCAGCUGAGGGAAGAAGCUCCUCUGGAGGUUGGCCUUGCCGAGGAGAGGGGCACAGGGGUCCCUCUGACCCUUACCAACAAAAGCCGAGGCCUCUCUGCACCAGACUUGCGGUCUGUUGGGCUCAUAAUGAGACCGGAGCCAAGCACCAGUGAGCUAGACAGGCCAUUGGGUGAAAGCACUGCGGCAGAAAUCCCCCCAAGUGAAUCGCUGCAGGCAAGGGCAGCAAGAAUCCUUGGCAUCGAGGUGGCCAUGGAGUCCCUGCUUCCGGGCACGAGGACAGCAGGUCUGAGCCAGUCACCUGAGCCUGAUGCAAGUACCUGCAGCCUGGAGCCACUCAGAGAAGAGUCCUCCCCCAGCUCAGCAAUGUCUUUCGGCCCCACAGCAACCACAGAUGCCUUCUAUGGCCGGAGGAGAUGUGGCUGGACACAUAGCCCCCUCUUCGUGGGAGAAAGGGCUCCCCAGGCUUCCGAACAUUCAGCUGUGGACAGGGUCCCGACCAGCCAAGACACCAGCCCUGAGCCUCAACUUGGCCCCCUGGAGUCCAAGCCUUUGGAGCAAAAUCUGGUAGAGCCAAAGCCACCCUUCAAGUCCACAUUGUUCCAUGUUAUAGAAAGAACCCCAAGUGUGUCUGGCUUGGAAAAGAGGCUGAGAAGCCCUUCUAAAGUGAUCGAAAGUUUGCAAGAGAAACUGGCAUCCCCGCCAAGGAGGGCGGACCCUGAUCGCCUGAUGAGAAUGAAGGAGGUGAGCUCCGUAUCGAGGAUGAGGAGCCUGAGCUGCAGGAGCACAGAGUCCUCAGAGGAGGCCGAGGAACUGAAGGCCGAGAGGGGCCAGGCCUGGCAGCCCGGGGGCCCCAUGGCCCUGAGUAGGGGAGACCGGGCAUGGAGAGUGGGGCAUCCACCCUCCAUCCCCAAGGGCAUCGUCACUUGGGAAGAAAAUGGGCAUGUGGCAUCCCAGAAGGAGAAGAGCACGAGCCAAGACUUCUGGUGUCCAGAUUCGUAUGACCCCAGCAGAGUGGAGAGGGUGUGAUGACAUUCCAGUGAGGCUCAGGGCCAGCUUGGUGCGCUGAGUAUUUUGUGGUUCAGUCCGUCCUCCCGUCUGGCCCAGCAGAAGGUGGGAACUGCUGGGCUCAGAGUCCCAGUUCACCCUCCACCAGCAUCAGUGGACUCUCAUCCUCCAUGUCGACUCCUGGAGAUGCAGCACCCGUCCGCUGACACCGUCUGUUUCUAUAGCAUGAAGACCUAGUGCUUAUCCUUAGAGAACCCUGCUUCCUGAUGGAUUUGGCCACGCUGGUAAAGAGUUAGGCAUCCGUCUGUGUUUGUGUGGAAUGGAAAUGUGGAAGAUGUUGUGGAUGAGCCAGAAAGGACCACAAACACCCUCGGUUCCUGGGUGUGACUGCUCUUGCCCAGGUCUGGGCAGGACCUUUGCCUUGUCUGUCGGCACUUUGAGCUGAGGGAAGAUGUGAAUGAAUGUGUGACCCACUUCUAAUCAAUUUGGCCUUCUGCUGGGAGUGACUUGACUUAUAAGUAACUUACCAUCAGAGAGUAAAAGCAAUAUCUUUUAAUUCCUAAAAGAUGACACUCGUACUGUAAUAUACUAAAGAGUAAUAUUUAUCUGGCAAUGAAAUGCUUUGAUCAUUUGCAAAUAUGCCAUUGUCUGCUUUGCACUCAGUAUUAUCUAUUUUUAUUUUCUGUAUGGAUGUUUAGAAAUACUUUAUAUAAAAAUAAUUGCUGGUUUAAAAGAAACCAUUUUAACAAAGUGACUAUAUUUCUUUUUAUAAAAUUGCUAUUUUUCUAUGAUGUGAACAGUUGUUAGGGGCAGAUUUUUAAGGAAGUGCUAUUUUAUUUAAGAGUACCCCUUCUGUGUGACAGGACUCAGAGAGGGCUCGCUCUCCCUUAGAAGCCCCAAUCCCUGACCCUGGCCGUACUUCAUUUUAGGAACCAUCAGCAUAGACGUACUGCAAGGUUAAGAAACUUUCUGCAAAGAUGUUUUUUAAACAAAUGUAGUUGUAAGGUCAUAUUUGAGAAUAAUCCUCUUGGACACCAGUCCACAUCUUUGACAUUUUGCUGCCAUGCCAACUAGAAUUACCAAAAAGACCACAUUUGGUUACGUCUCUGUGCGUCCUGUCAGCAGGGUCUCUCUGUGACGAGCCUUUCCCCCAUGGGCCCCGCUCUGGCCCUGGCCCUUUAAAGGAACCCGUAUUUUGUAUUUUUACUCUGGAAUGAUCCUGAAUUAGCCUCAUGCAUGUAUGUGUAGGCCUAUGUCGUCACAGAAGCAUUGUGAGGCCCAGGUGCCCUGCUGUGUUUAAUACCAAAUUAACCUGCAGUUCGUGCAUUUGUGUGCAUUUGUCUCUCCUUUCUAAGUGAGAUAUUCUUGUUAGCACACACGUCUCCUUUCCUUUCUUCCAUCCUUGCUUUCCUUUCCCCCUCUCCUUUUAAUUUUUGUUUUUUUUUUUUUUUUUUUUUUUUUUGAGAUAUCACUUCAUUUCUGGACAUUUCAAAUUCCUAAAAUGUGAACUGUUGGCCACUGCCAGCUGGCUCUGGACUGACCUGCUGGGUUUUCACGGCCCAUUCUUAGCUAUAUUGAAUGAUUUUAUUUCCUAAGGACCUUGAGUAUUUGGACUGUGGCACACAGAACAGAAUCAAGGUAACGUGGACAGAUCACCUGCAGUCUGUGUCCCUCCUUGCUCUGCACAGGGGUCUCUUUUGAGAGCCCAGCAAAAUCAGAAUGGGCCUUAGUUGUCAGAGGAGCAGCAGAGACAGGCUGAGCCUCUUCUCAGGAGGAAUCUGAUGGGGAGAGGUGGCUCACUGUCUUGUGGUUGGGAAUUGCUCCGUGUAUCUUGACGGAAGGAAGGAAGGAAGAAAGGAAGGAAGGAAGGAAGGAAGGAAGGAAGGAAGGAAGGGAGGGAGGGCCCAGCUCCCACAGCUCUCUGUGGGCGUGUACUUCCUGCUUUAGGAGCAAAUGAAAGAAUGUCUGUGCAUAUAUGUACUGUUCCGGCUUCCUCCUAAAUUUUAUUGAUAUCAUCCAAAGACCUCUUUUAAGCCAAAAUCCUAAAUUUUACCCUAGUCCUCAGAAGGAAGAAGAGGACCCUGAAAAAGCAAAACAAAACAGAAGAAUUUUACCCUACCGUAUCUCAUAGCCCAAAAUACAAUGCUCUUCCAUUUUGUUUUUCUCUAAAUUACCAUAGCAUAUCUUUCUGAAUUCAUUCUGAAUUUUUCCUGGGUUCAAGCCAGUCAAUUUUUAGGGAAAAAAGGUGACUUAAAGAGUUAGUAACUUCAAAAUCUCUCCUAUGAACUUUACUAUUCUGAGGUAAAUAAGAGCCUUUAAUAAGAAAUAGAUUUCCCAUAGGCUUUGAAUUUAAUACUUUUUUCAUUAUUUCUGUUUCUCAUAAGCUGUGGCUGGAAACAGUCUUCACAUCCAUCUAUUGUUUUUCCCGUACACAUGAUUUCCUGUUGGUGUUCAAUAAUUUGUAAAAUUAAGGUUCUAAUUUUGACUAUUUAAACUAAAAAUUGUCUAAGGAACGACAAAUGAAACAUGUACCUAGAUUUGCAAACAGAGAGGAUGAUAGUAUUUUGGCGCUGGUGACCCUUGAAGGAAACUUCGGAGUAGUUGGAAAUGAAAUAUUUGUGUUGCCACUUUUCAGCCUCUUGUUUGUGCAAACCCCAGACAACUCCCCACUAAAGAUGCAGCUUGCCCAAAUGGUGUGUUAGAAUUAUUUCCCAGUUGUUUCUAAUUACUUGCAUUUCUUUUUCAGAAGACCCUAACAUAUGGAUAAACUCACCAAUAUCUUGAUUUCCUUAUAAGAAUCAUGGGUCAAGGUUUGGUCCACAGGGAAAUUCUCAAUAGAACUUUUUCUGUUCCACUGACUUCUAGUGGGAGGUCCAUGUGUGCGGCCGCUCACAGCUCGGAACCAGCCCCUGGCCGCUCUCUGACAGCAGUGUCACAGUUCCAGCAUGACAGUCCCGUGUCCCCCCCCCCCCCCCGCAGGGACUUUUGAGGAAGAUUGUCUGCUGUUGACAGUGAUUUCCAAGCUCAGAGGGACUAAUGGAUGGUAACACCAGCCUGCCAUCUCAUCUGUGGCACUUCAAAGAUUGUUGUUGCUUUUUGUUGUGUUUUGUUUGUUUCAAAUGAUUAAAUAAUGUGCCAUGAAGCGUCGGGUUAACAUCUCUUGCAAAGUGACCAGUGCAGCAAAAUUCUAUAAAUAUUUGAACCUGCAAAAACA